AUGGACCGACGAGAGAGUGACGGCUACAGCCCCACGACGUGGACGACGAAUGUCCUGCCGCCCGUGGAGCUCUCGGCGGAGCAGCGAGACAAGUACCGAGUGCUGGCGACUCAACUGCUAUCCAACACACUGCGGGACUACGACAUCUACUCGGCGGACUCGAGGCACCGUCGAAUGAGUCGUCGAAGGUGGAAGCCCGUCAAGACUCGGGACCAUAUCACCGUCUACAAGGAGAGGUAUCCGACGCCGAGCUCCCUCGCGUCCGCGAACCAUUUAGUCGGGGCACCGUCUCGAGCUGCCGGUAGCCGUGCGAGUAUAGCGGAUAGAGUGUCCAUGGCCUUCCGAGGCAACGAGUGGACCGAGCCCAAGCUACUGCUCGCCACUGGCUGGAUCGAGGGCGCGUUAGAGGACGUCAUGUACGGCGUCGCCUCUCCAGACGCACAGAGCAUGCUGCUGAAGGCCACGGUAGUCAAGAACACGCUGAUCAAUGGAGCGGUACUGGCCUGUAUUGAUGCCCCCUGCGAUGCGGAUCCAUUCCGGUUCUUGGGGAUCAAGUGGUUCGUCAAAGGUCCUCCGACAGCCCUGCACGGCAUCGUGCGGCCGCGAGACUUGGUCUUCAUCGAAGCCACAGGGAUCACCACGCGGCCGAAUGGAGAGCGUGUCGGCUACCAGCUCCUGCACUCGGUAGACCCUCCGCAGUAUCGAGACAUGAUGCCUCGGUCUGGGAUGGAUGUCACUCGCGGCCGCAUCUCAAGCUGCUCGAUCUUCAGAGAGAUCCCCGCAGGCCUGGGCAGCAGACACUCCAAGGUCGACGUGUACGUCAAAGGAUACGUGGAGGCGCACGGCAAGUUACUGGAUUCGGUGGCGCUCACGGCCGCCUCAACGGGCUUCAUGAGCUCCUGGAACGCAGUCGAGUGCGCCAACCUCAAGAAGCUCAUGUGGUGCUUCCGGCAGCAACCAGACUGGGAGAGCGGUCGGCGUCGAGGCUCACAAAGAGUGCGUCGUUCAAGCCAGCGCUCCCACGCCAGCAGUAGCAUCGCUUGCUCGCCUAGCGUGAGCCACGUUGAUAUCGUCGGCAACCGAUCCCCUUCACCUGCGCCGCUAGCUCAGGACUUGACGUGUGGCACAUGCACCAAGCGUCUCAACAGGCUCGUAAGCGGGGCCAUCUCCUGUGCGUUGUGCUCCGCAACAACCUGCUCGCGUUGCCGAGUCUCCCGCACGCUCAAGGAAGUGAACAAGGCGCUGUGGCUGCGUCAGGAGGACGUGCUCAUAUGCAAACGCUGCGUUCUCCGCGUCGACCACCUCGCGGCCGUGGACGUCGCGCGCGCAGAGGUGGGGAGUGGCUGGUUCUCAACCGAGAGCGUCCCCGUUAUUAGCGCUCCCGAAUGCCAGGCGAGCUUCACCAGCACGGGCGUGACCACCGACACAGGCGCGAGUGUUACGACGCUUGAAGACUUCUCGUUCUCACGCUCUGUGCUGUCACCGACAGCAGACGGCGACGCGCCAAUUGACUCGUUCCGCGGAGCUCACUCCGGCAAGGUCAUCCACGAGGACGCCACCGAAGGCGAGGAGGUCGAGAAGGUGGCGCUGUCUGACCGAGAACGGCGCGAGCAGAUCUGGUCGCAAAUGGUGGAGCUGCGCAUGGUAGCCGAGUCCAUCUACAAGCUCACGCUAGAGACUUCCGAGUCAAUUCACGCCCCACCGCAACGAACCCAAUACUACGGGUAA